UGUCUAAUUUCAUUUUAUUUUAGAGUAUUGUGGUUUCUUUUUAGUUAAAUGUAUAGAAAAAAAAUAUUGAUGUAACUAUAUGCCAUUCAUAUAUUCUAUUUAUUUUUUGUAAAUUUUUUUUCAUAUUUAAAUAUUUUCCAAUAUAUAUCAUUUGUAUGCUAUUAGAUGGAACAAUCUAGUGGACAAUCUAAUGUAAAUCAAAGAGUAAGUUGGAGGAAUAUGGAUGUGGUAAAAACUUUUUUGGAGACUUGUAUUAAAGAAGUAUCUCUACAUGGAAGACUUGGAAGUAGUUUAAAGCCAGAUUCAUGGAAUAAAGUUAGACAAGUUUUGGAGACUACUCAUUCUUUCUUUGCAAUACAAAAGCAAUUGAAGAAUCAUUUUGAUUAUCUAAAGGAUAAAUAUCAAACAUGGUUGCCAAUAACUAUGAAAACAGGAAAUGUUUAUGAUCCUACAACUAAUACCAUUCUUAUGUCUAAUGCCGAGUGGGAUGAGUACAUUAAGGCUCACCCAAAGGCAAAACCAUUGAAAAGUGCUCCUUUACCCUUUCCGGAUCUCUGUAAAGCGCUCUUUGAUGGUACUACUGCAACUGGAUUUUAUGGUUGGAGUCCUAGUUGUACGAUUUCUCGACCUAUGAACUCAUCUACAUCUCCUAAUAUUGAGACGGAUGCUUAUGCUGAAGAAAAUGCACCUAGUAACCAAAAUGAUGAAGCUGAUAACACUUCUCCAUCUCAAUAUUCAACUCCUUUAGGAGGACAAAAGAAGAAAAGAAAGAUUUCAUCUCAACAUGAUAUUGAUGAUAAGAUGUCUGUUGCAUUGGAGUUGUUAAUUAAAAAGAAUAGUGGCCCUGAAGUUGAGGAUUGCAUGGAAAAAUUGGAUGGACUUGGAUGGGAGGAGCCUUUGUAUAGUGCAACUAUUGGCAUACUUUGUGAAGGCGAUAGCUAUAGAAAAGUAUGGAUGAACAUGAAAGACGUCAACAUAAUGGAGAAUUGGGUUAAGGCCAUGGGAAAAAAAUUGGGAUAUUUUUGAUUUAGUUAAUUAAGAUAUAAUUAUAUAUGCUUAGAUAACUUUUAUUUGUUACAUCAUGUCAUGAACAUAUUUUUCUUUUGUGUAUCGAACUUUAUUGAGCUAUUAUAGUUAUCUAUGAAUGUUUCAUUUUAAACCCUAGUAUUUUCCUUCUAAAGUGGCUAUAAUUUUUUUAACAGAUUUAAUAUGGAAUUUAAGG